CGGAGAAGACCGUUAAACUACUCUUGUUUGCCGCUGGACCGGUUAACCGUAGUUUAGUUCGACGCUUGCGGGUGCGUCAUAUAAAUAAACGUUGGAGUGGCUUUGGCUCGUCAGACAGGCAACGUGUUAACUUUACGUUUCACAGUCAACCAGCGUCGAUCCGAGGUCAUCUCCACGUCUUAAUGUUGAACCGCUGCUUUAAGCUAACGUUAGCCCACGUCCGGGUGUUGUGUAGCUAACGUUACAUAGUUCAGAUUCCUCAACAUGGAUUCUGCAUUUGCCCACCUGCGCCAGCGGGACACCAGCGUGUCGAUGCUGAGGGUGAAAAUGUCCCGCAGGAGAUCUCAGUCCCAGAAAGAAAACCGCCAACGGGUGGUGAACACGCGCAGGCAGCUGGCUGAGCUGCCCGAGCUGGAGAUGUCGUCCCUGGAUGCCUCCAUCGCCGCGGUGAACAUUUCAAACAUCCAGGGGAAGACCUUGAACAGUGGCAAAUCCGCUAAAGACGUGGCUGGAGAAGAGCGGUUGAAGCAGCUCGUGCGCUGGAAGGAGCGUAAGGCUCUUGAGAAAGAGAAGGAAAAGAGAGAGAGGGAACGUAAAGGGGUAUUCAAGACGGGCAUGUAUCACCCGAAGGACUCCUUUACCCUUCCCUCUCUGCCCGUCGUCCCGGCUGCCUCAACCAGAGCAAAAGAAACCAAGAUGAGCUCGACCUCGUCACAGAGUGUUCGAGUCACUCGGUCAAUGAAGCAGCAGCAGAUUGAGAGGACAACAUUUCUACAGCCCCUGAAGAUACAAGAGCCAAAAACGGUGGCAAAAAAAGCUCAACCUUCUCUGGACAGAACAACCAGGAGCCGCGUGGUUCCUGUCAAACGUGCGCCUGCUGCGUCUGUUCCCAAGAGCCACCUUUCUGCAGCAGAGCCAGCAGUACGAACUCUGAGGUCCAAGUCGGCCAACGGGCCUGCGGCUCCAGCGGCUCCGGUGGGGGGGAAAGACAAACCGUUGGACGUAAGAACCACAAGGAGCAGGGCAAUCAUCCACCACGUGGCCCCCUUUUCUUACGACUGUAAAGCAGCUGUUGAGCCUGCUGUGACCAUGGAGGAGGAGGAGGAGGAGACUAUGCAGGAGCGUCCCCCCGGCCAGGAGCCCUGCUCUGAAGAGCACGACAUGGCGGUGGAGGUCCCCGCCAUCGCCGACGAAGAGGCCUCCGCUUCAUCCUCUUUUGCUCCCAAAGGGUUUAUGUUCCAGGCUCCCAGUGGCUUGUCGUCCUUCAAGUUCGAGCCUCUCACUCCCCGCUCGGCAGACGCCUUCCUCACUCCCAGCACGAGCUUCAGCCUUCCAGAGGUCCCCGCCUUUAACCUCGAGCCGAGUGGACCCUCCCCCUCCGAGUCGCCUCGCCGCUCAGCUCCCCUCGACGCCCCCGCGACGGCCCCCCCGGCUCCAGGCAGCCCCCGGGAACCAGAGCGGGACGUGCCGUACUUCAGGUCGGAAAUCGCCAAUGAGACAAAAGGGCUGACGACGCUGUGUGUGGACUGGGAGCCUAAAGUGGAGGAUGAGUCCAUCCCAGAAGAGAUGAGAGACCGCAUGCGUACCGCUGUGGGCCAAGCGCGGCUGCUGAUGAAGGAGCGCUUCAAACAGUUCAGCGGGCUGGUGGAGGACUGCGAGCUGGGCCGGGGGGAGAAGGUCACCACCUGCACUGACCUCCAGGGAUUCUGGGACAUGGUGUAUUACCAGGUGGAGGACGUCCAGAAGAAGUUCAACGCUCUCAAAGAAGCAGAGAGCCGAGGCUGGGUGGAGGAGCACAAGCCCCCACCACCACGACAGAGGAAAGGGGGGAAGAAACCACCCCCCAAGCUGCCUGGAACCGAUCAGGGUGCCAGGUCCCGCCUGGCGGCCGUGAAGGCGGCCAUGAAGGCCAAGCAGCAGCAGGCCGCCAAGGCAGACCAAGCCGCCACAGAUGGCGGCGCCGAGGUGGACGGCGGCGGCCCGAGCUCCGGGGAGCCGGCGUCCCGAGCCGAGCCCCCACCCACCGUGGUCUUUGACGGAGGCUUCUUCCAGGUGGAGAGCCCGGCCAAGCCAUCAGGCUCGUUGAGGAGAACCAGCCGUCUGAGUGCCGCGGCGCUGCCUCAGGCCCCCCCCUGCUCCGACCACCUCUCACCUAGAAGAAGCACGCGGCGAUGCCUGGCACUGGCGCCCACCCCCCUUGGCACGCCCGCCCAAACCCCUCGCUCGUCCCGCCAAAGGAAGGGCACGAGGGACGCCUCCCUCUGCUUCUCACCCGUCAGCGACGUGGUCACCGCGCAGGGAGCCGCCUCCCGGGCCCCGGAGCCCCCGGUGUCCAUGAGUUUCACGCGGUCACCCUGUGUGACUCCCAGCCAGCCCCCCCCUGCUGUGCAGGGUCCUGAAGAGGCCCAAGAGUCGGUGUGUCUCACACCAGGCGUCUCGGUGGUGGAGGAGAUUCCCGGGCUGGACUUUGAACGUUACCUCCUGCCGACCCAGAGGAGCAGCAGCCCGUCCCCCGCGGGGCUGGAUGUGGAGAUGGAGAGCCCCCAAGCCCUCCCAGCGGUGUGUUCAGCACUAAACCCUCAGUCACCACAGUCGCUUCUCUUCACCCCGGACCUGAAGGACCGGAUCCGACAGUCCGUCUGUCCGAGUGACCUCAUGGUCUUCACACCUCCGCUCUGAUGUGCAGCCCGGACAUUCUAACUUUUCUACAACCUUUUUACUGAUUGAAAAAAUAUAUAUAUAUUUGAGUGAUUUUUUUUUAUAUUUAGAUGACUGGAGAAUAGAUUUGUGUUACAAUUAAAAUUCUAGUUCCAACCAAGA